CUGGCGGCGACGCUGCUGCGGCCGCGGCCGCCGCCGCCGCCUCCAAGUCCCGCCGUACACCCGAGGAGCUAGCUCACGACGUACUGCAUCACUCGCUGCUGGCGAUCCGUACGUUUUACGUGGCGGUUGCCAAGGCCAUCCACACCUCCUCCCGCCGCAACGGCCGCGAGGAUCCGGCGCUGGCGUUGCCCUCGGUGGGAAUGCGCGGCGCUGCGCUGUGCCUCGCGCUUAAUUUGAAGGGCAAUCUGGACUUGGAACUGCCGUUGGUGACGCCUUCGAGCGCUGCAGCUGCUGCCGAGGCCCCUUCUAGCCAGGCAGCGGCGGAGGUAGCGACUGCAAAGCCGGCAGCUGGAGCGGAGGGAAGCAGCGCACAGGAUGCGAUGGUGGUGGACAGCGGAACGCCGGCGGCAGCGACCCAGCAGCAACCGCCUAACCGGCGGGCGGUGCAUUUGCAGCGCCUGGCUGAUGAGGUGAACCACCUGCUGCUGGACUCGCGCCGCCGCUCCUGCCACGUGCUGCUGCUCAACUACUUUGCCGGCAUCGGAGGACUGGACUCCCUGAACCGCCGCUUCGAGCAGGCCGCAAGCAACAUGUGGGCAGUGCUGGAGGCGCAGACGGCAGCCAAGGCAGCCGCUGUUUCGGGCAGCGCAGCGGCGGCGGCAGCGGAGCCGGUGGCGGCGGAGGCAGCAACGCAGCCGUCCGCAGAAGCGGCGGCGACGAAUGAAGGAGGUGCUGCUGCUGCUCCGCCUGCUUCUGCUGCUGCGCCUACGUCUGCAGAGGGACGCGAUGCUACGAUGGCAGAGGGCGCAGCGGCGGCGGGGACGGCGGCGGCUCCGUCGGAAGGUGGUGCAGCUCCGGCGGGUGCGGGCGAUGCAGCAGCAGCAACAGCUGGCGGUAACGUAGCUGCAGCUGCAGGCGGUGCGGCGGCGGCGGAUGCUGCUGCGGGCAGUCGCACCAGCAACAGCGCGGUAUCGGUUGCCAUCCGGAGGGACCCGGUGACGGUUGCGGAGAAGUGCCUGGCGGCAUUCUUGUCGGUGUACGAGCAGCUGUCCAACGCCGGAACCAUCUUCUCCAGCCCGCAGGCUUCCGUGCUGCUCAGCACCGGCCUGCCCACCGCAGCUGGGGUGGCCAUGCUGGAUCAGGUCAAGGAACCCGUGGAGCUCAUGAAGGCCCUCCACAACCGCAUCCUCACCGCGGUGCUCCCCGUCUGGCGCCACCCCAGCCUCUCCUCCUGCUCCCCCACCGUCAUCGCCUCCCUCGUCAACAUCCUGCGCGUGUGCGCGGAGGGGACGUCGGCUGCUGCUGCGGUGCUGCUGCGAGCCGGAGCCGGAGGCGCCGGCGGCCGCGGCGGCCUGGGCGGCGCGUUGGGCCGACCGGUGUUUGUUCCCGAUCCCGCGUUGGUGCAGUCGAUUGUGGAGAUGGGAUUCAGCGCGGCUCGUGCGGAGGAGGCGAUUCGCCGAGUGGGAGCCAACAGCGUGGAGGCGGCCAUGGAGUGGCUGGUGAUGCAUCCGGAGGAGCCGGCUCCCGCAGCAGGCGCCGCAGCCGGAGCCGCAGCAGCCGGUGCUGCCGGUAGCGGCGCCGCCGCAGCCGGUGGUGCGGCAGCCCCCGCUCCUCCUCCGCAGGACGACGACUCACUGCUGAGCGCCACCCUAAUCGCAUCCCUAGCAGGAAUCAAACAGCAGACCUCCGACCUGCGCCCACCCAAGCCGCCACCUGCGUCCGCUGCCGCGCCCGCUGGUGACGCCGGCGCCGCUUCCACCUCAACCGCUCCAGACGCAGCAACCGCAACCGCGGACGCUGCUGCCGGUGUCGCCAGCACCAAGCAACUGGUGGAGGGCGCCCUGGCGCUGCUCGCACGCUCCUCCUCAGGCACCGUCGGCCUCUCCGACCUGCUCAGCACCCUUGCCUGUCGCGAGGGCGGCAAGGAGCGUCGCGCGGUGGUUGAGGAGCUCCUGCGCGCGCUGGACGCCGCUGCAAAGGCGGCAGCGCAGGCGGGCUGGGCUCCCGAGGCGGCCGUACAUGGCAGCGAGCUGCUAGCAGCGUCGCGGCUGCUGUUGCUGCUGUUCACACGGGAUAGCCCCAGUGUGGAGGUGGCGGCAAAGCUGGGCGUGGCUGAGGUGUUGAUGGGGCUGGUGGAGGAGUGGAUGAAGGGGUAUGAGGAGCGGGUCGCGGCGCUGAGUGCUGCGGAUGCCGGCGCAGCGUCGGCGGAAGCGUCAGCGGGGCUGCCUGAGAACGUGGUUCGCGGUCUCCAAGUGCCGGUGUGGGUGGAGGCGAUGCUGUUGGCGUUGGAGAUCAUGGCCAGCACUGCGCCCCGUCGCACCGCUGAGCAGCAGCUGCCAGCACAGACGGCGGCGGCAGCUGGGGCGGCGGCUGGGGGCCGUGCAACAGCAGCAGCUGGUGCUGCUGAUGGCGCUGCUGCUGCUGCUGCCGGGACUCCACCAGCGGCGGCGGCACCGGCGGCAGCAGCUGCCGGUGACUCAGCUCAAGCUCUAGCUCCCGCUGCUCAACCUGGUGCAGAACCAGCAGCGGCAGCAGCAGGUGCAGCAGCUCCCGAGCCCCAGACCGCAAUCAGCACCCCCGCUCGCCAGCCGGGUGCGGGUGCGGGUGCGGCUGAUGCCCUCUCCACUCCUCCUCCUCCGCCUCCCGGCCCCUCAGCAGCGCAACCCACCGCCGCCGCUACAGCCCCGCCUGCACCAGCUGGGCGGCCCGCGCUGCCUGCCGCGCUGCAGGAGGCAUUCGCCGCCUGGCGUCCCUGCGGGUUGCUCUCCGAAGCCUGCCAGAGCCGUGCCAUGGCCGUGUGCACGGCACUGCUGCGCCACCUGCAGGCACAUGGCGACAAAUGGUGUCCGCCGCUACGGCUGGCUGCGGUUCCCAGCGAGGAGCUGCAGCCGUCGCCGUCGUCCGCGGCGCAAGCGGUGCUGCAGCUGCUGGCGCGGCUGACGCGCAGGCACUCUAACGCGGCGCUGGCUGCUUCCGCGGGUGUUCCCCGCCUGCUGCUGCGCCUGCCUUCCUCCUGCCUGCUGCCCAAUCCCGCGCGCCACGAGCCCGCCAUGCUGGCCAUCCUGCGCCACGUGCUUGAGGACCCGGUCACGCUGGGCGGCUGGAUGGAGGCGGAGAUACGCAACUACUUUGCGCAGCGGGCACGCGGGGCAACCAACUUGUUUGGGGUGAUGCAACGUCCGCAGAACCGGUCGGACGCGGUGGCCUCCAUGAGCUCCUUCCUGUCGGCCAUGUCGCGACUGCUGAACAGGGACCCCUUUGUGUUCCUGGACGUGCUGUCCCGCUGCUGCUCCCUGGAUCCAACCAACCCGCUGGUGCGACUCAAGAAGCCGCAGGAGCAGCAGCCGCAGCAGGGGCAGCAACAGCAGCAACCCCAGCAGCAGCAGGGCCAGCAGGGAUCCCGCCGCGUCUCCCAGGAGGGCGGUGGCGGCGGCCCGGCCGCUAUGGACCUCACGCCGGCGCCGUCAGGCAGUACGGCAGCGGCGGCGGCGGCCCUGGCGGCAGGUGCUGCCGCUGGUGCUGCGGGUGCGGGUAACGAGGCAGGUGCGGGUGGUGCUGGGGGCUCCAAGACUCCUCCACAUGGCGCCCCAUCGCAGCAUCACCCUGUACCUCCCACGGUCGCCAAAGUCACGCGCAAGUCGGUUCCAGCCAGCUUUGUGGAUGUGAUUGACGCGCUAGUCGACGUGGUCAUGUCGUACAAGGGGCAGCUGGCGGCGGCGGCACCGUCGCUGGUGUCAGCAGCUGCUGCUGAGAAGAAGCCGGCUGGUUCCUCCACCGGUGGCGCUGCUGGGGAGUCCAUGGAUGUGGACCCCGCCAGUGCUGCCGCUGCUGCCGCCGCUGCUGGUCCGUCUACAAGCGGCGGUCAGCCGCCGUCGGAUACGGCGCCGGCGGGUGCUUCUGGCACCGCUACCACCACCGCCGCCGCAGCAGCAGCAGCACAGCAGCAGCAGCAAGCGGUUGAGGCUCAGCUUCAAGAGCUGCUGCGAAAGUCAUCCGAGACGGUCAUGCAGCGCCUAGCCCUGCGCUUCCUGACUGAGUUCAGCCUGCUGUUCAGUCCAACCGUGGGGCUGCUGCUGAAGCGCGAUGAGCAGCUAGCGGGCGCGGUGGCUGCUGCGGCGGCGGCUGCCGCUGACGCAGCAGCAGCAGCAGCGGCUACGUCGCCUGCGGGUGAGGCCGGCAAGCCGGCUCCCGCCACCGCGGUUAAGUCCGAGCGAAAGGUGGAAGAGGGCAAGGAUACGCAUGCGGCGCGGGAUAACAAGGAGGAGAAGACGCCGCACCCGGUAUCGCAUCGCCGUGCCAGCAUGGCUGCUGCUGCUGCUGCGGGGGCGGCUACAACCGGCGGCAAGCACCAUCACCACCACAGCGGCGCGGACACGGCCAAGAAGCAGCACCCACAGCACCCCCAACAGCAGCAAACUACCACGAAUGCAACCGAUCAGCACCAACAGCAACAGCAGCACCGAGCAGGUGCCUUGCUUCGUCAGCUGAUCCACGUUCACCUGGUAGCAGGCAGCGAUCCGGCGGGGGCCGCUGCCGCUGGCGGCCCCCCCGGCAUGGCCGGCGUCGCGCCUCUUGCAGACAAGGUCAACGAGCUGCUGCAGGCCAUUUGCGUGCGCUCUGUUGAGGGUCGCCGACGCAUCAUAUCCGAGCUGGUCGCUACCCUGGCAGUGACUCAGCUGCCGCCGGGCGCCCUCUCCGCAGCCCACAAGGAGCUCAUUCUGCGUCCACCGCCGGGGCCCGCUGGCGGGCAGGGUCCUGCUGCAGGACCGUUUGAAGAGCGGGCCGGCUGGGCGCCUCCCGCCAAGAUACGUGCGGUUGUGAACCUGGUGGGAAGCCUGGUGGAGAGCUCCGGAGCCGCUGGCGGGCACGAUCCCCGCCGGGGCGGUCCCAACGGCGCUCAGGGCGCUGGCGCCAUCUCAACCGAGAUCGUGCGUACCAUGCGGGAACAUGGCAUGGUUCGUGCACUCACCGCCGCACUGCAGGUGGUGAUUCCGGAGCAUCCUCGGGCGGGGCAGGCGGUGCAGGCCAUUCUUCGCCCGCUGGAGCUGCUGACGCGG